UCCAGGUCAUGGACUCUGAUGCUGACGGGGUUCCAAGUGAGUUCUUUGACUAUUUCAAGGUGCUAUGCAUUCAAGGAUUCCUUACAUGUAGAAAGCACGCCGAACGGAUUAUUCUCUUAGUUGAAAUGUUACAGGAUUCGGGUUUCCCUUGCUUCAAAGGUGGUCCACGAACCAUUCAGAACCUAAGAAAACGGUUCCAUCUAAGUUUAACUGAAGAGCAAUGUGUCUCUUUGGUGCUCUCUCUCAUUAGCAGUAGCUUAGAUGCUUGGCGGACACGGCAAUAUGAUUACUACCAACGAGUCUUAAAUGGAAUAUUGUGAUGUUCCAAGUUAGGGUAAAAGAACUCGCAGCAUACAUUUGUAUGUUGGGUUAGCUCAUAAAACGAUAUGUUUUUUUUCUGAGGAACCCAUUUCAUAGUAGCAAUCAGAAUCCUUCCAAAGGCAGAAAAAGAAAUGCCUGAAGAGAGAGAUCGAACGUGAAAGAAGAAACCGGUCACACGUAGAAGAGAAGUCUACAAGUUUGUGUACAGAAGAAUAUGAUUUUUGCAGAGGUUUGAUUGUUAUCUUACUUACUUGCUCUACUUGUAGGAGAAAAGAAGGCAAAAAGCCUGAAAUUUUCUUCCUCUCCCCCAAAAGCUCAAAACAAAACCCUUUUACAGAGGACCAAAAAAAAGGGUAACGUUUUGUUUUUUAAAAUUUGUUCUAGUCAAAACGGAUGAUUGUGAUCUUAUUGUAUAAAUUGUGUAUUAUCUUUUAUU